UUCAAAAUGGAGGAAGAGCAAAAAUGUUGGAGGGGAGUAAAAACACAACAACAAAUGUCGUUUCAAUGGCUAUUUGCGAGUUGUAAGAGACUCUUACAGCUGAAAUAAAUAUAUAAAGUUUUUUUUAUUUCUUGGAUUUCCAACUGAAACAAGCAAAAUGAGUACUUCAAUAGGCAAUAAAAUCGAGGAUUUCAAGGUUCUUACCUUGCUUGGACGGGGCUCGUUUGCUUGUGUAUACAGAGCGAAAUCCGCCAACACUGGUUUGGAGGUGGCAAUCAAAACGAUUGAUAAGAAGGCCAUGCAGAAGGCAGGGAUGGUCCAGCGGGUCAGUAACGAGGUGGAGAUCCAGUGUCGGCUGAAGCACCCGUCCAUUCUGGAGCUGUAUAACUACUUUGAGGACAGUAACUAUGUGUACCUGGUCCUGGAGAUGUGCCAUAACGGAGAGAUGAGCCGGUAUCUGAAGGACCGGAAGAAGCCCUUCACAGAGGAUGAAGCGCGGCACUUCAUGCACCAGAUCGUGAAGGGCAUGCUGUACCUGCACACACACGGUAUUAUGCACCGGGACCUGACCCUGUCCAACCUGCUCCUGACGGGCAGCAUGAACAUAAAGAUCGCCGACUUUGGGCUGGCCACCCAGCUGAAGAUGCCCACCGAGAAGCACUUCACCAUGUGCGGGACGCCCAACUACAUCUCCCCCGAGGUGGCCACGCGCAGCGCCCACGGGCUGGAGUCGGACGUGUGGUCGCUGGGCUGCAUGUUCUACGCCUUCCUGACGGGGCGGCCGCCCUUCGACACGGACACGGUGAAGAACACGCUCAGCAGGGUGGUUCUGGGCGAGUACGAGAUGCCGCCUCACGUGUCGCGCCAAGCUCAAGACCUCAUCCGCCAACUGCUCCGCCGGAAUCCCGCCGACCGGCCCAGCCUGGCCGCCGUGCUGGACCACCCCUUCAUGACCAACCGCAGCGGGGGCGGGGACGGGGGAGGGGCUCCAGCCGGCGGGGAGGGCUCUAUGGACAGCGGAAUCGCCACACUCGCCACCUCCUCCAGUAGCGGGGGCAGCCGUCUCUACCACAAGGCCCGGCAUGUGGUGGGGGGGCCCACCUUACCCAACCGCCUGGCCCCCGUCCCGGCUGAACCCAGGGGCCCCUGCGACUCCGGGUGCGAGAGAGGGGAAGAGGAGAGGUGGCCCCGCACUAACAGUCUUCCCAGAGGGGGCCGGGGGAGGGCGUCCCAGCGGGGGAGGGGAGAGGAAGAGGAGAGGCCCCACUCACGCUACCUGAGGAAGGCGCACUCCUCCGUAUCGCCGAACUCGUCGGCCGUGCUGCCCCAGGACGGCAGGCAGGGGGCGCUGGACAGGUGCCGCUCUGUGGAGGUGCUGACGGAUUCAGGGAGGCAGGUCUUUCCCUCCAGCUACACAGACCCUCCCGGGGGCCAGGGCUCCCCUCCGCACAUCAAAACCACGCACUCUGGGUCUCUCCCCCCACACCCAUCCCUGCAGUUCAGCAAACAGAUGACUGAGCCAGAGGCAGUUUCACACUGGUUUACUAAAGAAGGGCCAACGAAAAGACCCACAGACCUGAGCUCCCAUAGCAACAGUGGCAGUUUCCAUGGUGGUCGGGAGCCCUUGGUAACCCAUAACUCUUGGGGCGACAACCGGGGUGUUGACCCCGCCCACAACCCAGUGCACCGUGCCCCUCAGUCCAUCUCCAGGGCCUUCAAGGAGAAUUUAGGAGGGGCCAUCGAGAGCGGUCUCCCGGCUUCUAAAGAGCAGCCUCGGGCCAUCCCAGAGAAACGCCCCUUCACGAACACCCUCCCCCCUCUGUGUGCCCUCCGCCUGAAGCCCAUCAGACAGAAGACCAAAAAUGCUGUGGUGAGCAUUCUGGAGACGGGGGAGGUCUGUAUGGAGAUGCUGAAGGGUCAUGGGUCUCAGGAGCGGGUUAAAGAGGUCCUCCGGAUAUCAUGCGACGGGUCGAUGAUCACCAUCUAUCAGCCCAACGACGGCAUGGGCUUCCCCCUGCAGGACCGCCCCCCCACCCCUCCUCAAGACCUCUUCAUCUGCAGCCUCCAGGAUCUACCAGAGAAGUUCUGGAAGAAGUAUCAUUAUGCCACAAAGUUUGUGCACCUGGUUAAAUCAAAGACCCCAAAAGUGACCCUUUACACAAAGCACGGCAAGUGUGUUCUGAUGGAAAACUCACCCAACGCCGACUUGGAAGUGUCUUUCUACGACGGUGCAAAGACUCACCGGACAGCAGAGCUGGUGCGAGUGGUGGAGAGCUCGGGGAAGUCGUACACGGUGAAGGGAGAGGCAGGAAUACACGGCCUGAGCCCCGCGAGCAGGGGCUACAUGGAGCUGACUGAUGAGGGCCACCGCAUGUGUCUGUCCAUCGAAGCCGCCAUCGCUGCAGAGGAGCAGCGGACCGCCUCCUCCACACCCUUCUUCCCCAUCACCGUCGGCAGGAGACCCCCCAAGGCAGACUCCCCCAGCCCGUCCUCCCAGAAUGCACCAGGGUGGAAGCCCCCCACCGUUUCUGACGUGGCGCAGGUCUGCCUGUCUCCCCCCACCCAGCCCCCCCACAUCACUCCCUCGAUGAUCUCCUACGACGGCUCGGACUUCACCUCCGCCAGCCUGGUGAAGAACACCUCCCCCUCGGCCCAGAAAGGGCACAGCGCCGCCAGCACGGGGAAAGUGCUCAAGUCUGUGUUUGUGCCCAACAUCGGCUGGGCCUCGCAGCUGACCAGUGGGGAGGUGUGGGUGCAGUUUAACGACGGGUCCCAGCUGGUGGUGCAGGCGGGGGUGUCCUCCAUCAUCUACACCUCCCCCGACGGCCGAACCACCAGUUACAAAGAGAACGAGAAGCUCCCGGAGCGCGUGAAGGAGAAGCUGCACUGCCUGUCGUCCAUCCUGGGGCUGUUGGCCAGUCCAGCAGGGCGGCGCUAGAGAGAGCUCGCUCUCUCACUCCUGUGGUGCUGCAGACACACCUGGAUUAACUGUGAAGAUGCCACUCUCCACACUGUGUCCCAUUGCAGAGCGACAGACUCUUCCUCAUGCACUGUGUGUGUAAAUAAUGAUGAAAGUUAAAAGAAUAAUGUAAAAGAAUAUAUAUAUUUUUAACGUUUGUUCUUGUAUAUUGUAUACGAGUCUCAGGAGAGUUUCCCUGAAGGCUAAUUUACACGUUGUCCACAAUGAAAUGUACGCUGUAGUGUAUGCAAAGCAAAACAAAACAAACAAAAAAACCUUUUAAAUAAAAAAGCUGUGGGCUGGGUGGAUCUGGAGUCUGUAA